GCGGAGCUGGCUGCGCAAGGAGGCGGACACGUGGGGCGAGCGCGAGGCUGGGCGCGGCGCGCGGCGUGAGGGGGCGGGGCGCGCGGCGUGAGGGGGCGGGGCGCGCGUAUCGGCGCCGCGGCCGCGUGACGCGUUUUCAAAUCUUCAACCGCCGCAACCCACUCGUUUGUGCUCUGCGCCUUCCUCCUCCGCCCCUAGGAGCAGUAUCCGACCCCGGAAACCCUGCCCGCAGACGAGGCACCUUUAUUUCGUGGGAGCUGGGGCCCACGGAAGGGGAGAGGUGGCCGUCCUGUCAACGCGCCCGGAGAAGCCGUGUUUUCGCGGCCGCCCGGCGCGACACCCUCCCCGGAUCCAGCAUGUAGGUGCCAGGCGGCUGCCAUGAACUCCGGAGCCAUGAGGAUCCACAGCAAAGGACAUUUCCAGGGUGGAAUCCAAGUCAAAAAUGAAAAAAACAGACCGUCUUUGAAAUCUCUGAAAACUGAUAACAGACCAGAAAAAUGCAAAUAUAAGCCACUUUGGGGAAAAGUAUUUUACCUUGACUUACCUUCUGUCACUGUAUCUGAAAAACUGCAAAAGGACAUUAAGGAUCUGGGAGGGCGAGUUGAAGAAUUUCUCAGCAAAGAUAUCAAUUAUCUUGUUUCAAAUAAAAAGGAAGCUAAAUUUGCACAAACCUUGGGCCGUAUUUCUCCUGUACCAAGUCCAGAAUCUCCUUGUACUGCGGAAACCACUUCACCUCAUCCCAGCCAUGAUGGAAGUUCAUUUAAGUCUCCGGACACAGUGUGUUUAAGCAGAGGAAAAUUAUUAGUUGAAAAAGCUAUCAAGGACCAUGAUUUUAUUCCUUCAAAUAGUAUAUUAUCAAAUGCCUUAUCAUGGGGAGUAAAAAUUCUUCAUAUUGAUGACAUUAGAUACUACAUUGAACAAAAGAAAAAAGAACUGUAUUUACUCAAGAAAUCAAGUACUUCUGCAAGAGAUGUGGGGAAAAGAGUUUGUACUGGCACACAAAAAACAAGAACAGGAAGACUCAAAAAGCCUUUUGUAAAGGUGGAAGAUAUGAGCCAGUAA